CUAAAUACACCAGAAAGUGCAGAAGUAGAUUUCUAAUUGGACGUAUGCGUUACUGACAAACCAUCAAGUGAUAUUUUAUUUCCUUAGAUCGCUCGAUAUUCGACCACUCUCUAGGCCGACAGGGCCCCGGAGUAUAUUCAGCUGAUCACAAGUGACCACGAUGUCUUCAUACUGGCAGCACGGACUGAUGGGAUGUAUGGAUAACUGCACACUUUGUCUUAUCACCUAUAUUAUGCCGUGUUAUACAUUCGGGAAGAACGCCGAAGCUGUAGGGGAAAGCUGCUGUAUUUGUGCAAUGACCUACCUUUUUCCUGUCAUUCAUUUGGUGGCGGCUGUCAACAUCCGAGGAAAAAUUCGGGCAGAGAAAAACAUUGACGGGACGUUAUGUAACGACGUAAUUGUUGCCCUGUUUUGCCCUUUUUGUGCACUGGUUCAAGAGGCCAAUGAGAUUCGAGGAGCUCCGAUGAGCUCGUAUGGAAUGGCGCGAGAAUAAAGACGAACACCAUCUUUAACUUACUGUCAAUAUGUUGGCUAGAAUGGUUGUUUACUGGAGAUCCACUUUUACUUAUUGUUGACAUUGUCUUGACAACGAGAUAAACAACAACCGCCUUAUGUUGUCAAAGCUUUAGAAAUAGUCUACAGUAGACUUGAACGUAAAUCUUACUUCGUUAACGAUGCAAUCACUAUCAUCUCUGCAUUACGCAUGGUUUGAGCUUUAAGUUUGUAGAAAUAAAAAGAGACACGAAGGAUAUAUUCAUAUUUUCGGGUAUAUUCAUAUUUGAUAAAAUUUAAAACAUCUAUUAAUUUUCUCUGUAUGUGACCUGAACAAGGCUUUUUAAAGUCUUAUUGGGAAAAGCUAUGACUUACCAUUAUGAUAAUGCGAGGGCAUAAAAUAUCUAAAUAUAAUGCUUGUUGUUGUAUUCAAAUAAUAAUUAUAUUUUAUUAAUAAAAAAAACCGUGGGAUGGAUUGCUUCA